AUGUCAAGGAGGGCCCCGAACCCCGCCGCCGAGCGGGCGGCGCAAAACACAGCUACCAUCAAGAACCUCCUGAAGCUGGAGUCCAACAAGGUCUGCGCCGAUUGCAAGAGGAACAAGCAUCCCCGAUGGGCCAGUUGGAACCUAGGUGUCUUCGUCUGCAUCCGAUGCUCGGGCAUCCACCGUGGCAUGGGCACCCAUAUCAGCCGAGUCAAGUCCGUCGACCUCGACUCCUGGACCGACGAACAGCUGCAGAGCAUCCUCAGCUGGGGCAACGCGCGCGCCAACAAGUACUGGGAAGCCAAGCUGGCCGCUGGUCACGCCCCCUCUGAGGGAAAGAUCGAGAACUUCAUCCGCACAAAGUACGAGCUUAAGCGAUGGACCAUGGAUGGCCCCAUCCCCGACCCUGCGACCCUUGAUGCCGACGGUGAUGACGAUGUUCCCCUGAGUUUGGUCAAGGAGAAGCAGGUGUUAGAGCGCAAGGAGUCGAUCCGGAAGGCCUCACUGGGACAGUCCGGUGCUCCUCGCAGCAUCCCACCCCCCCAAGGCGACCUCAUCGGCGGAGAUCCCGUUCCAGUUCGAUCGAGCAGUGCCGCACCUCCCAUUGCCAAGGUGGCUCCCAAGGGCGAACCCGCGCCCCCUCGAUCCACUAGCACCAAGGAUUCGCUGCUGGGACUGGACUUCUUUGGGGAGCCUUCAGCCCCUCCGCGACCAGCAAGCACAACAGGUACCAACACAGCUACCGGUCAAUCUCGUCCCGAUCUGAAGCAGUCGAUCCUGUCUCUUUAUGCCACUGCUCCCCGACCACAGGCUCCUCAGCAGGCUCCCCAGGGCGCCUUUGGAGCUAUGCCCUCCCCGACAUUCGGCCACCAGUCCCAGGGAUCUGUUGGUGGUUUCGGUGAUGCAUUCGGCAGCCUCAGCAUCUCCAACGCCGCUCCUCCAAAGCCGGCUGCUCCGGAUCCAUUUGCCAGUCUUGGCAGCGGCCGGGUUACCUCCAGCAACAGCGCGUUCGGUGGACUUGGCGGAGGGAGCUUUUUCGACAGCAAGCCCGCCCAGCCUGCCGCUCCCGUGCACCAGAAUCAACCCGCCAUGUCCCUUGGCGGAGGCUUUGGCGGCUUCUCAUCGCCCGCUCCCGCCGCUGCGCCGAAGCCAACCCAGGCAUCCUCCUCUGCUAUGGGCGACCUUUUCGAUCUCUCCGCCCCUGUGACCCAGGCUUCUCCCCCUCCGCCCUCUAACCGAACUAUGCCCCCGACUUCCAACUCCGUCUUCAACCUCUCAUCCCCCCAGCCCGCUGCCCCCGCGCCGGCCACCACGACAGCAACUAGCUCCAUGGGCGGUUUCUCGGGCGCUGAUGUCUGGGGAAGUGGAAACGAAUGGAACACCCCUGCUGCGCCAGCCCCCGCGCCGACUGCUGCCCAUAAGAGCCCUGCGUUGCCGCCGCCUGUAAGCAACGACUUUGGCUGGGGGAACUCUCCUGCCGCCGCUGCUCCUUCUUCGUCCUUUGCCAACACACCCAUCGUUCCCGGUGCCUCAGGCGGAUUCAGCCCGCAACCGCCGAAGGUCUCGGCAGAUGAGGAGUUUGGAGGAUGGACCAGCAGCACCGGUCCUUCCGCUACUGGUGGAGGAGCCAAGAAGUCUGGCGGAGGCUUUGGUGGCGACGAGGACUUGUUCUCUAACGUGUGGGGUUAA